GUAUUAUACUGUUUUCUUUCACCAGUGUCUUCUCCAGUACGUGCGCUAUAUAAAUUUUCUCGCAGAUUCCUUUCCUUUCUCCUCGAGAAAAAAAAAAAGAAACCUUUUUUUCUCUUUCUCUUCGCAUCUCAGUAAGUGAGACUCAGAAAAAGAAUCUCUUAAGCUUCUCCUUAAACCUUUAAUCAAAGCUUUCAAACACACAAAUGGGACUUCGCUGCUCUAAGCUGUCUCUCUGCUGGUGGCCAACACAUCAGAAAUCAACUCUCAACGACGCUUCUGAUCUAGAAAACGGAACGGAGGAUUUGCCGUCGUUUACUGAGUUCAGCUUCGACCAACUACGAGCUGCCACUUCAGGUUUCUCUACGGACAGCAUCGUCUCCGAACACGGCGUUAAAGCUCCCAACGUCGUGUACAAAGGCAGACUCGAAGAUGGCCGUUGGAUCGCUGUUAAGCGCUUCAACAGAUCCGCUUGGCCUGACACUCGUCAGUUUCUUGAGGAAGCAAAAGCUGUGGGGCAGUUGAGGAGUGAGAGGCUGGCAAACUUGAUUGGGUUCUGCUGUGAAGGAGAUGAGAGACUGCUCGUUGCUGAGUUUAUGCCUUUUGAAACUCUCUCUAAGCAUCUCUUCCACUGGGAUAGCGAGCCAAUGAAGUGGGCGAUGAGGGUGAGAGUGGCUUUGUAUCUUGCUCAAGCACUCGAGUAUUGCAGCAGCAAAGGUCGCGCCUUGUACCAUGAUCUCAACGCUUACAGGAUCUUGUUUGACCAGGAUGGUGAUCCGAGACUAUCUUGUUUCGGUCUUAUGAAGAAUAGUAGAGAUGGGAAGAGUUACAGUACUAAUCUGGCUUUCACACCUCCUGAGUAUCUAAAAACAGGGAGAGUGAUUCCUGAGAGCGUGGUCUACAGCUUCGGAACGCUGUUGCUAGAUCUUCUCAGUGGCAAACACAUACCACCAAGCCAUGCGCUUGAUCUGAUUCGUGGGAAGAACUUCAUGAUGCUAAUGGACUCGGCUCUUGAAGGUCAUUUCUCUAAUGAUGAUGGAGCCGAUUUGGUUCGCUUAGCUUCCCGUUGUUUGCAGUAUGAAGCUCGUGAAAGGCCAAAUGUGAAAUCUCUUGUGACUUCACUCGCUCCUCUUCAGAAGGAAACUGAUGUUCCAUCCUAUGUCUUACUGGGGAUUCCACAUGGAGCUGCUUCUCCAAAGGAAGCAACGUCGCUGACCCCUCUUGGUGAUGCUUGUUCAAGACUUGAUCUCACCGCGAUUCAUGAGAUUCUUGAGAAAGUGGGGUACAAAGACGAUGAGGGCAUAGCAAAUGAGCUCUCGUUCCAAGUGUGGACCGACCAGCUUCAGGAGACUCUAAAUGCCAAGAAACAAGGAGAUGCUGCGUUCAAAGGCAAAGACUUUGUCACUACCAUUGAAUGUUACACGCAGUUCAUAGAAGAUGGGACAAUGGUAUCGCCAACGGUUUUUGCAAGGAGGUGUUUGUGUUAUCUGAUGAGCAACAAGCCUCAAGAGGCUCUUGGUGAUGCAAUGCAGGCGCAAGUAGUGUCUCCUGAGUGGCCAACGGCUUUCUAUCUCCAGGCUGCUGCUCUCUUCAGCCUUGGAAUGGAUAAAGACGCCUGUGAAACCCUAAAAGAUGGAACUUCCUUGGAAGCUAAGAAACAGAAUAACAGAAACUGAAAGCUUUAAGUGUAUAGGUUUCCUCUCUCUCUUUCGUCUUCUGAAGAAAAGCCUCAUUGUCUUUUGUUUCUUUUAUCAAGCAUUUGAGCUAGCUCGUGCUAAAAUUGUGAGUUCCAAUUUGAAGAGAUGAUUCAAAACUCAAAUGUGAUUUGAAUCAAGAAAAGAAGGAUCUUUCUCA